GUGUGUGUGUGUCAGCGAGAGAGAGAGAGAGAGAGAGAGAGAGAGAGAGAGAGAGAGGGAGGGAGAGCCAUUAUGGAAUGUUGUGAUGUCAUCAAGCCAGUCAUACACACACACACAAAGACGAGGAGGACCCAGAGGCGCUCACAGUCUUCCAGCUUAGUUAGCACACUGCUGUGGAGCGGCUGUCUACAUCCCACUGGGAUGGGGUCCAAAGUGAACAGCAACUGACAUCCAAGCCGUGGAAACUGGAUUUAGUGUGUGAGCGUGUGCGUGUGUUGGUGUAUGUGACACGAUGCAGAAUGUGUGUGAGAAUGAACCUUGAUUAGGAGCAAAAGUGAUUUUAGUAUUUAAGAAAAAGAACAAAAAAGCUGCCAAAGUCCUGUUGUUUCCCAACAUGAGACUAUAAACCGACACGGUCCGUCUCGAGAAGCUGCCAGCCAAACGACAGCGCCGCCGCCUCCUCCUCGCCGCCGCCGCCUGAAGCCUCCGGUCGACCGCCAACAUGCUGCAGCAGAUUUUAACGGAGAUGUACAUCGACCCCGACGUCCUGGACGCCCUGAACGAGGACCAGAAGAAGACGCUGUUCCUGAAGAUGCGCCAGGAGCAGGUGCGGCGCUGGAAGGAGCGCGAGGAGAAGCUGGAGAGUGAGGCAGGGGAGGCGAAGAAGCCAAUAAAGGACAACCGUAAAAGCGUGAGCUGGCUGCUCGGCCGGGACGGAGACGUGGCGGUGAUGGUGAUCGGGGAGGUGGACGAGCUGAGCUCCAGGUUCAUCUGCUCCGGACUCGGAGGGAAGAAGCCGCCGACUCUUCAGGACAACGCAUACGUUGAAACCAUCUUGAAGAGCAAAGCGGCGGCGGAGCCGGUCAGAGCGGAGAGGGAGAGCCCGGUUUCACAGCCUGGAGUAUCGCUGGACCCAAAGGGGGAACGCGAGGAGGGGAGCGCUUCACUCCCUCUGCCGGUGUCAGUGAGCGAGCAUUUAUCACCUCCAGCAGCAGAAAAGUCGCCCGGCGCGAGCGGGGAGAAGUCGGGCCUCCAGUCCGCUGGCUGCACCGGGAACCCCGCGAGAGCCCCCCACUUCAUGGUGAGGCCGGCGUCGGCCAACGCAGCACCCGGCCCUCUCAGUACCAGGUCCGACAGUCCGAGGGCGGCCACACCUUCCAGUGCCCCCAGCAACACCAGCACAGCAGGGAACUCGCAGGAACCCAGGAAGACGCAGGGAGGGAAAGCAGAGGCCUCGCCGGCGCCCUCGUGGACGGGGCGCGGCCGCGUGGCCCAACUGACGAAGGCCUUCAGCGCCGACGCGUCCGCGGCCCCGACGCCGGGCGCCCCCCGGGGCGUGAAGCCCCCCCUCCCCUCCAAGCCCAGCCACCUGCGCCUCGGCACCACGCCCACCGUCAGUCCGGUUCAUGGCGCCCGUCAACACGCUGACCUUCAGUUAUUCCCUUCGCCCAUCAGACGGUUCGCAUCAGUCCGGCUGCAGACUUUUUCCUUCUCGCCCUGUCUUUUUCUGAACCCAAAGCAGGGUUCAGGCGUAAUGGGCUGAAAUAAGAUGCAGGGUACUCCUUCCUGUCUUCUGCCUCCUCCCCGGGAGCAGUGCAGGGUUGUUUAUUUGUCAUAAUGCAAUGAAUGUCUCCCUCCGCCACCUGGCAGGAGCCGCGCCGCGACCUGUUGUGGACCAAUGACAGUGCCAAACGCCUCGUCUGUCACUCCCAGUGGAUCAAAUCCUGGCAAGUUAGACAGUCGCUGCCAAAUAAUCCAGCUCCGUGUUGCGCUUCUCCAGCUUUUUGUUGUUGUUGUUGUUGAUGUUUUUUUCAGGUAUCUUUUUUUUUAUGAGAUUUGUGGCUGUUCAUUAUAUAUUUGACAAGAGCGAAGAUGUUUUAUAGCGCGUCUCAAAUGCUCCCUUGUGAAGUUGUCACGUUUGUAUGAUGCAAUCAGAGAAACAAUAAAAGUAUAGAACUUCUAAUCUAAAA